GAGCGAGCGAACCGGAUGGCCAGCGGGGCCGGCGGGCGGCUCAGGCCCGCGGAGCCCACGAUGCUGGAGCCCGGGGCUGGUGGUGAGGGCGGCGGGCCGGGGCGGGCCGGCGCGCGUGGGGCGGUGGCGGGGUCUGGCCCCGAACCUUGCGGGCGAGGCUCCCGCGGCCGUGUGUAUGGCGUGGAAGGCCGCUGCCCAAGGAGCAUAAUGGCAGAAACUAUAUCUCCACUGAAACAUUUUGUGCUGGCUAAGAAGGCAAUCACUACAAUCUUCGACCAGUUACUGGAGUUUGUUACUGAAGGGUCACGUUUUGUUGAAGCAACAUAUAAGAAUCCAGAACUUGAUCGAAUAGCCACUGAGGAUGAUCUGGUUGAAAUACAGGGUUACAAAAGCAAGCUUUCCGUCAUCGGUGAGGUGCUAUCCCGGAGACACAUGAAAGUGGCAUUUUUUGGCAGGACAAGCAGUGGGAAGAGCUCUGUUAUCAAUGCAAUGUUGUGGGAUAAAGUUCUCCCUAGUGGAAUUGGACAUACAACCAACUGCUUCCUGAGUGUUGAAGGAACUGAUGGAGAUAAAGCUUAUCUUAUGACAGAAGGAUCAGAUGAAAAAAAGAGUGUGAAGACGGUAAAUCAACUGGCCCAUGCCCUUCAUAUGGACAAGGACUUGAAAGCUGGCUGUCUUGUACAUGUGUUUUGGCCAAAGGCAAAAUGUGCCCUCUUGAGAGAUGACCUGGUUUUAGUAGACAGCCCAGGCACAGAUGUCACUACAGAACUGGAUAGCUGGAUUGAUAAAUUUUGCUUAGAUGCUGAUGUCUUCGUUUUGGUUGCAAACUCUGAAUCAACACUAAUGAAUACGGAAAAACAUUUUUUUCACAAAGUGAACGAACGGCUUUCCAAACCUAAUAUUUUCAUUCUGAAUAAUCGUUGGGAUGCGUCUGCAUCAGAGCCAGAAUACAUGGAAGAUGUACGCAGGCAGCACAUGGAAAGAUGUCUUCAUUUCUUGGUGGAGGAGCUCAAAGUUGUGGAUCCAUCAGAAGCACAGAAUCGUAUCUUUUUUGUUUCAGCAAAGGAAGUUCUUAGUGCUAGAAAGCACAAGACACAGGGAAUGCCAGAAGGUGGUGGAGCACUUGCUGAAGGAUUUCAGGCAAGACUACAGGAGUUUCAGAAUUUUGAACAAAUUUUUGAGGAGUGUAUCUCGCAGUCAGCAGUGAAAACAAAGUUUGAACAGCACACUAUCAGAGCUAAACAGAUACUAGAUACUGUGAAAAACAUAUUGGAUUCAAUAAACGUGGCAGCAGCAGAGAAAAGAGUUUAUUCAAUGGAAGAGAGGGAAGAUCAAAUUGAUAGACUGGACUUUAUAAGAAACCAGAUGAAUCUUUUGACAUUGGAUGUUAAGAAAAAAAUUAAGGAGGUUACUGAGGAGGUUGCAAAUAAAGUUUCAUGUGCAAUGACAGAUGAAAUCUGUCGACUAUCUGUUUUGGUUGAUGAAUUUUGUUCCGAGUUUCAUCCUACUCCAAGUGUAUUGAAAGUAUAUAAAAGUGAGUUAAAUAAACACAUAGAAGAUGGUAUGGGAAGAAAUUUGGCUGAUCGGUGCACCAAUGAAGUGAAUGCUUCAAUGCUUCAAUCCCAGCAAGAAAUUAUUGAAAAUUUGAAACCUUUGCUUCCAGCUGGUAUACAGAGUAAACUACAUACACUGAUCCCAUGCAAGAAAUUUGAUCUCAGCUAUGACCUGAAUUGUCACAAGUUAUGUUCAGAUUUUCAAGAAGAUAUUGUAUUUCGUUUUUCUCUGGGCUGGGCUUCCCUUGUACAUCGAUUCUUGGGCCCUACAAACGCUCAGAGGGUGCUCCUAGGAUUUUCAGAGCCUAUCUUUCAGCUUCCUAGAUCUUUGGCUUCUACUCCCACUGCUCCUGCCAAUCCAGGAAUGCCAGAUAAUGCAUCACAAGAAGAACUCAUGGUUACCUUAAUAACAGGAUUAGCUUCUCUAACAUCCAGAACGUCUAUGGGCAUUAUUGUUGUUGGAGGAGUGAUUUGGAAAACUAUAGGCUGGAAACUCUUAUCUAUUUCAUUAAGUAUGUAUGGAGCUUUGUAUCUUUAUGAAAGGCUGACCUGGACAACCCGUGCCAAGGAGAGAGCCUUUAAACAGCAGUUUGUGAACUACGCAACUGAGAAACUGCAGAUGAUUGUUAGCUUCACGAGUGCAAACUGCAGCCACCAGGUGCAACAAGAAAUGGCUACCACUUUUGCUCGCCUGUGCCAACAAGUUGAUAUCACUCAAAGACAUCUGGAAGAAGAAAUUGCUAGGUUAUCCAAAGAAAUAGAUCAGCUGGAGAAAAUACAAAACAAUUCAAAGCUUUUAAGAAAUAAAGCUGUUCAACUUGAAAAUGAGCUGGAGAAUUUUACUAAGCAGUUUCUGCAUUCAAGCAAUGAAGAAAAAUCUUAAUGGAGAUUGCUUUGGUGUGACCAUCAUAGGAAAUGGAACUUGGAAGAAUGGGACAGUUGUUAUUUUUAUGAAAUAAAAGUAAACAUGAAUUAUACUAAUUGUACCUAAAUAGCAAAUCCCUGCUAGGUUCUGAUAAUGAUCUAUUUAGGGUAUUUGCAUUUCUGAAGAGUGUUGGGACAAGUCUUCAGUUUUAAUUUGGGUAUAGAAAAGGCUAAAUCAUUUUUGUUAAAAUAAUAAACCUUUUAAGAUCAACAGAACCACCUGUGUGACCCCUGAGGGGUGGGGCCUUGAGCUCUCAAUUAGGGCUUGCUUUGUUUUUGGUUCUGAAAAACUCUGCUUCCUGGCAUCCAGGAGUUAGAGUAUGACCCUUUCAGCUUUCUCAAAACUGGUUUUUGAUGCUGUCUUUAAUGGAAAUAGUCACUUUGUUUUGUUUUAUAAACUGCAUUGCUCUGUGAAGGAGUGUGGGAUGUUCUUGACGGUAUCAUUUUUGCAAGUUACAAUCCCUUCUGUUUUGGCAGGUAUGUAAACCACUAAUAAAUGCUGUUUUUAUUCCUUUUAA